UAGGCGUGGCCUAUGUAUAUGGUCAGAUGUGAGCUGAAGCUGACGGAGAUUAAGCUCUUCUUCAAUCGGGAUUUAUUUAUCUCCUCCUCCGAGCAUACACACACACAGACAGACACACAGACAGACACACAGACAUCCAUCCUCUCACACACCCCGCAGGACAGCAGCAUGUCUGUAGCAGGGCUGAAGAAGCAGCUCCAUAAAGCCACUCAGAGAGUGAGUGAGAAAGUGGGCGGAGCUGAAGGAACCAAACUCGACAAUGACUUCAUGGACAUGGAAAAGAAGGUGGAUGUUACAAGCCGAGCCGUGCUGGACAUCAUGACCAAAACUACAGAAUACCUGCAGCCCAAUCCAGCAACCCGUGCUAAGAUGAGUAUGAUGAGCUCCAUGUCGAAGAUCCGUGGUGGUGAUAAGGGGCCGGGUUACACACAGACGGAGGCGGUGCUGGGUGAAGCCAUGCAGAAGUUCGGCCGCGAGCUGGGGGACGAGUCAAACUUCGGUCUGGCUCUGAUCGAUGCUGGAGAAGCUAUGAGAGAGCUGGGGGAGGUGAAGGAUGCGUUGGAUAUGGAGGUGAAACAGAACUUUAUCGAUCCUUUGCAGGUGCUGCAUGAUAAAGACCUGAAGGAGAUCCAGCACCAUUUGAAGAAGCUGGAGGGUCGGCGUCUGGACUUUGACUAUAAGAAGAAGCGUCAGGGGAAGGUGACCGAGGACGAGAUCAAGCAGGCGCUGGAGAAAUUCGACGACUCAAAGGACAUCGCUGAGCAGAGCAUGUUCAACCUGCUGGAGAGCGAUGUGGAGCAGGUGAGUCAGUUGGCUGCUCUGGUUCAGGCUCAGGUGAAUUAUCACAGACAAGCAGCGGAAAUCCUGCAGCAGCUCUCCAGCAAGAUUGAUGACAGAAUUAGAGAGGCCUCUGUGAAGCCGAGGAGAGAGUACACACCUAAACCUCGAGCUUCACUCGACUUCUCCUCCAGUGAGAGUCACAACGGUGGACUGGGACACAGCCGAGCCGCCUCACGCUCCCCCGCUCCUCUGGAUCACCCGUGUUGUCGCGCUCUGUAUGAUUUUGAUCCGGAGAACGAGGGAGAGCUGGGUUUUAAGGAAGGUGACAUCAUCACGCUGACCAAUCAGAUCGAUGAGAACUGGUAUGAAGGGGUGAUAAACGGCCAGUCGGGGUUCUUCCCUGUUAACUACGUGGAUGUCCUGGUUUCUCUGCCGCAUUAAACCCAUCCUGAACCCUCGCCUGGUGACGCUCACUGCUCCGGGAACCAGAGAGAAAUCCUCACGCUGAUCAUCAGAACAGGAGGAGGAAUAUUUCUCUUUCUGUUUCUCUCUCUCUCGUUUUCUGUUUCUCAUCCUUCUCUCCUUUAUUUCCUGCUCUCUCUCUCUCCAGUCUUUGUGUCACUCUUCCUUCUCUCUUCUUCUUCUUUCUCUCUGUGGUGUUUGUGCAUGAUGUAAGAAACCUUUGCACUUUUGGAGGAAAUUAAUUAUUUCCACGUUUCUUUUGUUCGUGACGUAAAAAGUUUUUUUUUUUUUGUCCUGGACGUGGUCAUCUGACGUGACUCAGCGGUGUGAGAGCAGCUGAUGUGUGGUCUUUCCCUCCACUCAUCUUUAACUAGCCACAAAAUUCUCAUUUCAAAUGGUAUUAAUAUAAUAUUCAUCAUCUCUAUUACACAAGAUUAUUUUAAUACAGCUAGAAUUUAGCAGAUCAACAUAGUCAUGAGUAAUUAUUAUUAUUAUUAUUUUUAUUAUUAUUUUCUCCUUUUGCAUGCCGAGUUUCACCUGAAGACGUUUCACACGGCUGGAACUUUGCUUUAUUUAAUCAUAAAGAUAAAUUUCAUCACAGUAUUAAAGAAUAAUAAGAAUAAUAAUAAUGUGAAAUUUAAACUGUGACUCGUUAAUAUUAAUAAACACUCAGUGAGAGCC